GCAUCUCUCUCUUAUAUCCACCUCGUGCGAUUUGCUUCAAACAUGGACGCUCCAGGCGACGACGGGCGCACUGCAGACUUGACAUGGGAGAACGUCGGUCUUGCGUUCAGCUUCAUCGCGUUCAAUGCGGUCGUGUCGCGGGUGUUCCAGCUCGGGGUCGGGACGUCUCUAGUAACUGCCGCUGUGCGGUGUGUCGUACAGCUCACGCUCGUAUCACUCGUGCUGCAAAAGGUCUUUGAGGCGAAGAAUCCAUGGGCUGUUGCCGGAAUUGCUUUCCUGCUGAACCUAAUGGGAACGAUUGAAACUGUUGUGAACAAGGCGAAGCGGAGGUUUCAACACAUGUUCCCUUCAGUGCUUUUUGGCAUGCUUUGCUCCACCAUUCCCAUCUCCAUGAUUGGUAUCCGCUACGCCAUGGCUGUGGAUCCAUUCUGGAAGCCAGAGCAGUACAUACCUGUCGUCGGAAUGCUGUGCGGAGCCACAAUCUCAGGAAUCGUGGUAGCCUGCAACUACGUCCUAAAGGAGCUCUAG